AUGAGUGACAUUGGUAGUAGUGAUAUCGGGUCUAGAUCCCGUACAACCAGUAUAGAUUCUCAGAUGUAUGCAAUUCCGGCCCCAGAGUCUCCUAUAUCCACCGGUAGUAGUAGCAGCGAUGACGGUGAAGAAGAAGCAGAGGAAGAAGAAUGGGGAAAUGGUGAAGAAAACGACAAUGAGCAAGUUGGACGCGAUUGGCUAGCACGACCGCUCGAAGCACCGGUUUUUGAUGUUUCUCGAUACAUUUUCCAGUCAUUGGCUCAUGCCUUGAACAGUGCGGACUUUGCUCAAGCUAUAGCUAUACAAACUAGAACCGCAGGAAUCAUCAAUUCCCGCAGUAGAGAACUCGAACAGUUGGUAGACACUUUGCAACAACGGCUGCCGCAUCUGGAGACCCGGUUUGCCCGGGGUUCGCAAGUAGCUCGACAAAUCCGUCGUCGUUUGGAAUUCUGUAGUGGACGGGUCAAGCAGGUAGAGAAAGUGUUCGAAAAACGGUAUGCAAUUGAGUACCAGCAAGCUAAAGACGAGGUCGAGCGGGUUCUUGACGAGGAACAUUGA